CGCGGCCCCGUCGCUCGGGCGCCCGGCGGAAGAUGGCGGAGUCCGGCGGCAGCAGUGGCUCUGGUCAGAGCCCUGAGCGCCCGAACAGCUUGGCUGACAGGAAUGGGGCCCUCAAGUGCACCUUCUCUGCAGCUGGCCACAGCGCUGGUCUUCUGCAGGGCCUGGCUGCCCUCCGUGCGCAGGGCCAGCUGCUCGAUGUGGUCCUUACUGUCAACAGUGAAGCCUUCCAUGCGCACAAGGUGGUCUUGGCGGCCUGCAGUGACUAUUUUAGGGCCAUGUUCACUGGUGGCAUGCGUGAGGCCAGCCAGGCCGUCAUCCAGCUGCAGGGUGUGUCUGCACGUGGCCUGCGUCACAUCAUCGAUUUCGCCUACAGUGCUGAGGUGACACUGGAUCUAGACUGUGUGCAGGACGUGCUAGGUGCCGCCGUGUUUCUGCAGAUGCUCCCGGUAGUGGAACUGUGCGAGGACUUUCUGAAAGCCGCCAUGAGCGUAGAGACGUGCCUGCACAUUGGCCAGAUGGCUACCACCUUCAGCCUGACGUCACUGAGGGAGUCAGUAGAUGCCUUCACAUUCCGCCACUUCCUGCAGAUCGCAGCAGAGGAGGACUUUCUGCGCUUGCCACUCGAGCGCCUUGUCUUCUUUCUGCAGAGCAACCGGCUGCAGAGCUGCGCCGAGAUUGACCUGUUCCGCGCUGCUGUGCGCUGGCUGCAGCAUGAUCCGGCCCGCCGUGCCCGCGCCAGCCUCGUGCUGCGCCACGUGCGCUUCCCGCUCAUGCAGCCCGCCGAGCUGGUGGACAGCGUGCAGACACUCGACGUCAUGCUGGACGAUGCCCUGUGUCGCCAGUACCUACUGGAGGCCUUCAGCUACCACGUGCUGCCCUGCCGCCAGCAUGACAUGCAGUCGCCACGCACGGCUGUGCGCUCUGACGUAGCGUCCCUCGUGGCUUUCGGAGGCACACCCUAUACCGACAGCGACCGAGUUGUCAGCAGCAAGGUGUUCCAGUUGCCUGAGCCCGGGGCCCGCCACUUCCGCGAGCUCACAGAGAUGGAGCUGGGCUGCAGCCACGCGGGCGUGGCUGUGCUGGAUAACUUCGUGUACGUGGCAGGCGGCCAGCACCUGCAGCACCGCAGUGGCGAGGGUGCUGUGGAUGCUUGCUACCGCUAUGAUCCGCAGCGCAAUCGCUGGCUGCGGCUCCGGGCGCUGCGUGAGAGCCGCGUGCAGUUCCAGCUCACUGCACUGGGCGGGCUGCUGUAUGCCACGGGUGGCCGCAAUCGCGCAGGCAGCCUGGCGUCUGUGGAACGCUACUGCCCACGCCGUGACAGCUGGGACUUUGCCUGCCCACUCAAGCGCCGCACCUGGGGCCAUGCGGGUGCCGCGGCUGCUGGUCGCCUCUACAUCUCAGGUGGCUAUGGAGUCUCAGCCGAGGACAAGAAGGCAUUGCAGUGCUAUGAUCCGGCAGCCGACCGCUGGGAGCCCAGGGCGCCCAUGCGUGAGCCCCGCGUGCUACACGCUAUGUUGGGCGCUGCCGGCCGCAUCUAUGCCCUAGGUGGCCGCAUGGACCACGUGGACCGCUGCUUCGAUGUGCUGGCCGUGGAGUACUACGUGCCAGACACUGACCAGUGGACCAGUGUGACCCCUAUGCGCGCUGGUCAGUCGGAAGCUGGCUGCUGCCUGCUGGAGAGGAAGAUCUACAUCGUGGGUGGCUACAACUGGAGGCUGAACAACGUCACAGGCAUUGUGCAGGUGUACAACACUGAGACGGAUGAGUGGGAGAGAGACCUGCACUUCCCCGAGUCCUUUGCAGGCAUUGCCUGUGCUGCCGUGCUGCUGCCCCGCUCAGGUCACGGGAGGUAGCUUGGUAUCCCCACCUGACCUGUUCCCCACAAGUGUCAGACCUGGCCCAGGGGUUCCCCACCUCCCAGCCCCAAGUCGGCAGAGAGAUCUGGCCCCAGUGUUUUAGGCACCAUGGCAGCCAUUGCCCAGUGAACAUCUCUGCACUGUUCUGUGUGGUUAGGCCUCAGUUCCCCUCAACCCUAGCCAGACAGAUACCAGCUUGUGGGCGUAAAACACCAAGUCCCUGUCUCCUGACUAAAAUCUUCUGUCUAAAAUCCUAGCCUGGAUUUCUGCCAUGGGUUCCACAAGGCAGAAAGAGACUCCUUAGAAUUGCCCUCUGAACUCCACGUGGGCACCAUGGGACACUCAUGCAGGCACACAAUCAAGUGAGUAAGAUUGUAAACCAGCUUUCAAGAUGUCGGAGCCAGAGCAAGUCCCAGAGGCACCCUGACAGGUGACAGAUGCAGCCAUGUCUUCACUGCCAAGCUCCCUGGCCCACCUUGACCUGUGGGCUUCUGGAGCAUCCCCAAAGACUCCUUAUCCAAUUACCCAGCAUUCUUCGCCUGUGUCACCCACUUUUAUGAGAAGACCGAGCCAAGUGAGGCAUGACAUGGCCUGUCCCCACAUUCUGGAGGCUAAUGAGGGAGAAUCAUUGCAAGUUCUAGGCCAGCCAGGGCCACAAAGCCUUGAAACAACAAGGAAACUCAGAAACCAGUAGCAGAGAAGACACAAAAGCCAUCUCAGGUGAGGUGGCCUGUGUCAGAUGGCCUGAGAGGAGAACCAGCUGGGCAGUCAUCUCCCAUGGUGGCUACAGAAAGCGGUACUCCCAGGUCUGGCCCACCCCGGGGUGGAGUGGUGGGAGCUGCUGUGAUCGCAAGCCCCAAGAUGGCAGCUCUGCUUUGUUCUGCUGUUUAAACCCUGAACUCUCAUCUUUGUUUUGUUUCAUUUUUUUCUUGUUUAAGGAAGCCAGUUCCACUGUCUUCCAAAUGAGUGUGUUCUCCGGUGAUCUGAAAUGUCCCUUGCUGCUCACAGACAUGGAUGUCACUGUUGUACGGCUGCUCAGCACAUGAGUAAUUAACCUCAGUCCUUUGCUGCGGCCUCUGCUGGUCAGUCCUAUCUGUGAUUUAAUAAAGGCGGUAUGGAGGAAG